AAGGGUGCCGCCAUUAGAAGUUAGAACACCUCGCCCGCCACCACACUCCAUUCCAUUCCUUCAACUUUCAAAGAGAUGGAUUGAUUUCCUUGGAUUCCCUUCUCUUCCAUUCAACGUCACUCACCGUGCCUCUCUUCCUUUCUCCUUGUAUGUCAUUCUCUCUCUCUCUCUCUCUCUGUGGAUUUGGCGUUGUUUCUGAUGCUUUGAAGGGGAUUGAGAAAUUUAAGCAGACUUGCAGAGGCAUAUAGAAUAUCUCUGUCACAAUGGUUGACCAAACUGAUGGUGAACCAACAGGUGAAGCACAAAGUGCCGAACAACGUCUAGGAAGAUGGUCUAUAUUUUCAUAUGGUGCAGGUCACAUGCUCAAUGAUAUCACAGCGGCUUGCUGGUUUACGUAUCUUUUAUUGUUUCUGACAGAGAUAGGGUUACAACCAAGGGAUGCAGCUGUUGUGAUGCUUUCUGGUCAAAUAGCUGAUGCACUGGCAACAAUAUUUGCUGGAGAGUUGAUAGACCGGUUUGGAAAUUUUAAGCUGUGGCACUUUGGCGGUAGUAUUUUGGUCAUGUUUUCCUUUUCUUCCGUCUUUGGUGGCUGCCUUCUCUGCAGUAUCACUGGGUCUAAUUCAUUAACUCUGAAGACGAUUGGGUACAGCAUAUCUGCAGCAAUUUUCAACGUUGGCUUUGCUUUCACUCAAGUUUCACACAUGUCGAUGGUGAAUUGCAUCUCAUUGGAUCCAUCCAACAGAGUGGCACUUGCAAGCUGUCGCAAUGCCUUCACAAUGGUAGCUAACCUCAGCCUAUAUGCAAUUGCUCUAGCUGUGUUCACUGUGUACAAUGUGAAAACACCUUCGGGCAUUGAAACUCAGUAUCGUUGGAUUGCAUGCUUGUCGAUUUUGAUGGGAUGUUGCUUUGUGGCUGUGUUUCUUAUUGGAACCAAAGAGCCUGAGUUGAAGCAGAAAAUUCAUGGUAAAACUCAUUCAAGGAUUUCAUGGACCCAUUGGUUUAAGAAGGCUUUAUAUUAUCAGGUCGCUAUUGUAUAUACUCUCACUCGUCUGACCACCAACAUAUCUCAGGCAUUUAUUGCAAUGUAUGUCAUCAAUGAUCUUCAAAUGAUUCAAUCCUCAAAGGCAUUGAUACCGGCUAUUAUCUAUAUUUGCAGCUUCAUGGUAUCGGUCAGUCUGCAGGAAAUGUCAUGGACUGGUUGGCGUCUCAAGUCAUUCUUUACUGCUGGGGCUAUCUUCUGGAUAUUUUCUGGUGCAGCAAUGUUUGUUCUCCCAAGCAUGAUGCACAAUUGGAUGUAUCUUUUCUCAGUAACUAUUGGUAUUGCCAAUGCUCUGAUGAUGGUAACUGGAAUCAGCAUGCAGAGCGUACUAGUGGGACAUGAUUUGAAUGGUUGUGCAUUUGUUUCUGGUUCAUUAAGCUUCUUGGACAAACUGUCAUGCGGAAUUGCUUUGUUUGUUCUUGAAUCAUAUCCAGGUUCAUCAGAUAAAAAGGGCUUAGGUGCUGGAUAUGAUUUAUCAAUCACCAGAUACGGUACAGCGCUCAUUCCGGCAUCUUGUGCGCUUAUAUCUGCAGUAGUGUCAUACACCAUGGAACUUGAAAUGAAGAAUUCAAAGUCAUUGGUUGAGCCCCUGCUUGUUUGAUCAACAAGCAUAGCUGAUUAAAGAACUAACCUUAAAAAUUUAAAGACUGCGUCGCAAUGACGAUUGGUGCAUGCAUUUCAAUUGUUUUGAAAGAUGCAGUUUGACAUUGUCGAUGGCAAAUGGUGCAAAAUUGGAUUCUUCCCAUCUUUUAUACGGAUUCAGAUAAUCAUUUAGUGUACAAGAUCAGGUAACUAUCUCAGUUGCCAUUACAGUUUAAGAUAAACAAAAGACUGACUUAUGUAUGUUUGCAAUUGAAAAUAUAUUAUUGAGCUUGUGUUAUAGCAAUUGUAAAACAAGAAGGAAAUGUUCUGGAGAUUCUUCUGAUUUUUAUUGAUAUGUUAUAUGCAUAUUGCCUACUUGUCU